GACAGCAUCUGGCCACGACCCAUGCAUGAGAAAACUGCUAGGAUUGCAUCAGUUUGAAUUUGUGUGAUUAUAGUGGAUGUUGUCACUUUUUGUAUUCGCAAGUACAACCUUUAUGUGAAACCGCAUUAUUUCUCUUCAAAAAUGAGUCAAUCAGUGAAUGUUCUAGAUAUUUCUGGAUCGCCGCAAAUGGACGACUUUGUUCCACGGGAUUAUCAAAGAGUGAUGAAGGAAAUCUGCAUGAAGAAAAAUACUAUAAUCUAUCUUCCUACCGGAGCCGGAAAGACCCACAUAGCCCUAAUGGUGAUUAAGGCUAUGGCUAAAGAUUUGGACAAACCAUUGCUUCAGGGUGGAAAGCGCACGUUUUUCCUUGUAAAUACUGUUGCUCUUGCCAAGCAGCAAGCAGAAUUUAUCGGGCGAAAUGUCUUGUACGAUACUUCGAUUUAUACAAGCGACAGAAACGUUGACACCUGGAAACAGGACCAGUGGCUUCAGGAAUUUGCCAAGUACAAGAUAAUAGUGUGUACGUCUCAGAUUCUGCUAGAUAUCUUGAAACACGGGUAUUUAUCUAUUAGACACAUCAACCUACUUAUAUUCGACGAGUGUCACCAUGGCGUCGGAGAACAUCCGAUGCACGGUGUAAUGGAACAAUUUUUGCGUGUGCCAAAAGCAGAGCACCCUCGUGUUAUCGGUCUUUCGGGGAUGCUUCUCUACAAACAAGUUAAGCAGGUUGAUCAAGUGGCAGCAGAGUUGGAACGACUGGAAAAUACAUUCCAGGCAACGAUUGCCACUGUUGGCAGUUAUGAUGCUUAUACCGAAGUGUGCAAAUUUUCCACGAAUCCAGAGGAAUCUCUUUUAUCUUUCUGCGCUAUCUCGCCGUGUCCUGAGAUGCAAGAGAUAGGACGAAACGUUCAAAUUUUUAUUAAAUCAGUAGAGGAGUUCCAUUUACCCAAGUAUUUGAACCAAAACAAAUCGCUUCAGCGUGAUCUGCCGAAGCCUAAGAAGCAGAUAAAAAAGUAUUUCAACGAGUUGAUUUACCAGUUGCACGAUGUUGGCCUGUAUGGCGGGUCAAUUGCUCUGCUUGGUCUUAUUGUACAAUUUGAGCUGGACAAGCGGGAGUCGGACAGUUCUAGGCUGAGAUUGCUCUAUAGAGCAUGUAUAACGUUCUGCGAAAACUUGCGACAUCAGAUGGAGAAGCGCAUGAGCGGAAUGUCUCCUCAAGAACAACUCACAAAAUUUUCAUCCAUCAAAACCAGACAGCUGAUCAAGUACCUGGAGGAAUCGUAUAUGAAACACCAUAAUAAGCAGGCCAAAACAUUGAUAUUCGUAAAGAGGCGGUUCUCAGCCAAAGUGCUGUACCAUUUGCUUAAGAUUUAUUUUUCCCAAACAAGCAACGCUGAUCUAAUUGUGCCAGAUUUCAUGGUUGGAAGCAACGGAUCAAUGCCGGAGUCAAUCGAGCAGAUCUUGUCGGCAAAAAAGGAUCGCAGGGUAUUGGAGAGGUUCAAGAAGAACGACACCAAUGUCAUUGUGACGACAAAUGUAUUGGAAGAAGGCAUCGACUUGCAGAUGUGCAACAUGGUGAUGAAAUUUGAUCACCCAGAAACUUUUGCGUCUUAUGAGCAGUCUAAAGGCCGUGCUAGAAUGAAAGACAGUAAAUAUGUUGUGAUGUUGGACACUGCGAAUAAAGAGAAAUUCCUCGUACAGUACAAGCUGUAUAAAGAUAUCGAAAGCGAGUUAGAAAAGUGUCUGAUUGGAAAAACCAUCAACAGACCGGAUCCGCUGGAUGCUGACGUGCAUAAGGAAUUGUACAAUGAGUUGAUUCCGCCCUUUUUUACACCAAAAGGAGCCAAACUGGAUGCAUUGUCAGCUAUUCAACUGUUGAAUCGGUACUGCAUGGGAAUGCCACGUGAUGCGUUCACUAAUACGAACGUCACCUGGGAACGAACUGAUUUUAAAGAUGGCAGUAUCGUCGUGGAAGUACUGCUUCCACUGCAGUCGACGGUACGAGAGAAGGUAGCUGGCAAUCCCAUGCGCAAUAUAAAGCUAGCCAAACGGUCGGCUGCCUUUAACGCGUGUAAGCGUCUUUAUGAAAAUGGAGAGCUAAAUGAUUAUCUUAUUCCAAUUGAUCCGAAACGGAAACUCGAUAAUCUAAGUAAUAUAUAUUUCAGUCACUGGAAGGAAUUUGCUGACGACAACGUUAAGCUGGCUGGAACCAUGAAGUGUAUCCGUAGCCAUGACCUCCAGUAUCCGCCGCAAACGACCGGGUGCUAUCCCCAAUCGGGUCAACCUUGUUUCAUAUAUAUGAUCCGCGUAAAAGCAGGUUUCGAAAACGAUGCGAGUAAUGAAAAUAUUCAGGUUUUCCACUCACUGUACAGUUCCAUGAAUAAUUUUGGAAUCAUGACAACAAAACCGCUCCCAGCGUUAGCAAAGAUGAAGUUUUUCGUAACCUUGGGACUGAUUAAUGUGAGCGUGGAGCAGCAACCAAUCGUAUUAUCCAAUGCCGGCUCCGAGGAGCAACUAGAACUCCUUAAAAAUUUUCAUAUUAUGGUUUUCCGGGAUAUGCUGAAUCUGUCGAAAUCGUUCCUGGUGUACGAUAGCACCAAUCAUACAAACAACUACCUAAUAGUGCCAAUGAAAUGCUCGCAGACAAUUGAUUGGCAACUGGUGGCGGAAUUUCCUAGUCUAAAAAAACCAUCAGAAAUCACAACGAGAGCACGUGAAAAAUUAACUUUCGAUCCGGAGCGUUAUCGGCAUCGUGUAAUAGUACCUUGGUACAAGAACAACACGGAGUUAAACUAUAUUGUUACCAUGGUCCACGAACAUCUGACACCGGAGAGCCCAUUCCCCAACCUGGAUUACAAGUCUUACGAGGACUACUUUGUCAAUGCAUACCACCAGUGUGUGGUGGCGAAGGACCAAUUUUUGAUCGAAGUAAAAGGAAUUACGACCUACAUGAACCGGUUGUGUCCCGGUGCGGACGAUGAUGGCAAGAGUACCCGCUCGAAGCAUUGGCGCUUCAAUGAGAUUCUCAUUCCGGAAUUAUGCCACAACUAUGAAUUUCCGGGAGAUUACUGGCUCAAGGCUACGCUGCUGCCGAGCACGUUGCACCGGAUUCAUUUUUUGCUGCAUGCGGAAAACAUUCGUCGAGAGCUGGCUGCUGCAGCCAAUGUGGGAUGCUUAGAGAAUCGCAUUAUCGAGGACCUGGAUGUUGAGUAUAAGGAGCGCACAGAGAAGGAGGGCUUGGAAAUGGAACAAUUGCAAUUUGAAGAAGAUGACGAUGAUGACGACGCCUUUGAUUACUAUGAAGCAAAACAGAUGCUCGAUAAGCCAGAGGACCUGAAUCAGCUUUUGCGCAAUCAGCUAAACUGCUUCACGGGUGACGUCGAAAUGCCGUGGGUCGAAAAUGAAGAGCCCGCGGACAUAGAUCGAAACUGGGACAGUGUCACCAAACUCGAUUUAGAUUAUUACGACAGCUUCGUUAGAAAAUUUUCGGCUUUGGAUAUUCGUGAAAAGGUUGCAAAUCAAAUCAGUUCGACUUAUACAGGGGCGAUACACAGACGAGCAACGGGAAGUCCACAUAAAGUGCCCGCUAUUUUGGAUGUACCAAUAGACGAGAAAUUUGAUAUUAAACUGUUGCACUUGACACCGCAAGCAACGGCACAAGUGAACCUUCAGCAGAAGGAUAUUAUAAAAGCUUUGACUACAAAAUCGUCAGCAGAUGUAUUCGAUUUGGAACGAUUCGAGCUGUUGGGGGAUGCAUUCCUAAAGUUUGCCACAUCGGUGUAUCUGGUCAAGCAUCAUAAAGAUUGGCAUGAAGGAUACCUAACUGCUGCUAAAGGCAAAAUCGUCAGCAAUCAAAAUCUGGUUUAUUGUGCUAUGCGUUGCGGUCUGCCCGGGAUGUUGAAAAUAAGCGCGCUAGAUCCCAAAAACGAUUGGGAGCCCCCUCUGGCAUCUGUACCUGCUAAGAUUAAAGCCGCAAUGGUAAAAGUUAAUCAUUCAGCGAGAGUGUUGUACAAGUUGACUUUGUCAGAGGAGGAAAUCAGAACGGGUGUCAUUAACUCUGAUAACUACGAAAAUUUUAUAGCGGAAUUGGAUACCGACUCAAAACAUCUAGAUACGUCUCCCAUGCAAAACUAUUUGUCGCAACAGGUGAUGGGCGAUAAAAUCCCAGCUGAUGCUGUAGAAGCCCUAAUAGGUGUAUGCGUCAAUACAGUGGGUGUGAAGAGAUCGUUCAAGGCGCUAGCCUAUUUGAAUAUAUUGCCCAAAACCGGCAAUUUGGUAGCUCUGCUGGAUGAAAAAAUACAGAGUCAAAGACUGAAGGCAAAUGUCCAGAACAGUGAAAUUGACACAUUCCUCGUGAACCAUGCACGCAUUGAAAAUAUUCUUGGUUAUCAGUUUAAUGAUCGAGCAUUUCUGUUACAAGCGUUAACCCACGCAUCUUACCCAACCAAUCGAAUAACCGGCUCCUACCAGCAACUGGAGUUCCUUGGAGACGCCGUACUAGAUUUUCUCAUAUCCGCUUACAUAUACGAGCAAAACCCAAAGAUGAGUCCAGGUCAGCUAACUGAUCUUCGCUCCGCAUUGGUCAACAAUGUCACACUAGCUUGCCUGCUAGUUCGUUAUGGUCUUCAUUUAUAUAUUCUAUCAGAAUCCGCUUCCUUCACCGACACUGUGAGUAAAUUUGUAGCCUUCCAGGAGCAACGCGAACAUAAAAUAACCGACCAGGUCAACUUGUUGGUAGAGGAAGCAGAUCAAAAAAUGGCUGACUAUGUGGAUGUCCCCAAAGCUCUUGGUGACGUCUUCGAGAGUUUGGUUGGGGCCAUAUUUUUAGAUUCGGGAAACGAUCUACAAGUGACGUGGAAGGUGAUCUACGGCCUUAUGUAUCGAGAGAUUCUAAAUUUCACAAUGGAUACCCCGAUCCAAAUUGUGCGGCAACUGCACGAAUUCAAGCCGCCGUGCUUUCCGCAGUUCAGUCAAGCAAUUGUAGAUGAAGAUGUAGUGCUGGUUAAGCUGCGCUAUAAAAUACGAAACCUGAAGCGCGAAGUAUAUGGAUUUGGCCAAAAUAAGGACGAUGCAAAGCGAGCGGCAGCAAAGGUUGCCCUUCAGGACCUUCGACGGCAGUAGUUGGUUUUAAUUCAACUGUCGUCGUUCAGUUAUCCUUAAGCCGUACUGUUUAGUACUGUCAACUGUUUGAACCUUUAGUGUUAAUUGAAUUGUACACCUGUUUUUAACAUUUGAAAUUGUGCUUGUGUUGAGUGUUAUAUUCGUCUGAAACAAACACGAGUAGUUUACAUCUCUAAGUUUUGUUAUUAAACUGAAGCUUAGGAACGAAGUAAAGAUAUUGAUACUGGUUUUAGCGCAAUCCAUCGUUUGUGGACUGCGUAAUGAGGCAAAUACAGUGAAAACCCGUUUUUAUCAGUCCCUUGGUGAAUUUUAGGCUGAUGAAACGGGGACAUUGCAAAAAUUGAGACUUAUAUUUGUCUUUAUUUUUGAUAAACCGAAGCUCUAAAAAUAGUAUUCUUUGAUUCUUAAAUUUAACCUCAUAACCCUUUCUGAUUAUUUAGUUUAAAUUUCCUUUAAGGGUGUCUGACAGCGCAAAAUUUAAAAAUAAUAAUUUUUUGCUUCGGAUCUCUAAGAUAAGAAAAAUUCAACUUGGUUCAUCUGCUAGAGCCCAUCAAACUACCAACUAUCUAUUUUCAUGUGAGGCUGACAAAAUCGGGUCAAAAAGCUGAUAAAAUUGGGAGUAGACAAAUUCGGGAACUGUUAACUGAUCGGGUCUUCACUGUAGUGAUUUUUUGAUGCACCACCCAGACUGGUAUUAGGCGGCCCAAUAACAAUACUUCGAUAUUCUUUCUCAAUCUACAAAUCAUCGCAACAUAGGUAGGAGUAGUAGCAUCAGUAUACUCGACAAUGCGAUAAAUGAGAUAAAAAUAAUAUAAAAACAAUUUAAGUCGCAAUCAAUGGAGUUGCUAUUCAGUGCCUUAAAUUAUGACAAGGUACAUUUUAAUCGCGUUAGUUUUUUUUCAAUUGUUCUUGCUACAAUUACUGCCUAGGUCUAGAUAACACAUGCACUGUCAAAUUGCAUCUUAUGUAGAGCGAAAUAAACGAUAAUACAUGAACCGAAUAUGGGUAGAUGUAUGUUUAGAUCGGCACAAAAUAAGACUGACAAACAGCAUACAUUUUAGAGACUAUGGAUACACAGAAUUUAACUAAGCUUGAGCUAAAUUUCAGGACAGCGCUUUACCUUACUUUCUCCAAUUCAGGAAACAUUGAACAAGUUGUCAUAAAUUCCACUCGUUCAUACAUAUUCAAACUAGGGUUCUUCAUAUGUUCGAUUCAGUUUACAAAGAAAAAUGCACAGCUUGAUACUAAAUCGUUCAUUCAAUGAGAGGCAUACCACAGAAGCGCGUUCCAAAGAGGCAAUUCACUCCAAAAUCAAAAUCCUCCUAGCAUGUAAUGAAGAAAUACAUUUAUUUUGAUGAGAGUCGACUGUUUCCGUUUUUAGGUUGAAUUAAAAAGACUAUUUGGUUUUUAUCCAACGUUUCGGUUCACUUGGAACCCAUUUCAAUGAUUCGAUAAUUUGUGUUUUGGCUAAAGACAAAAUAGUGUAUUUUUUUAAUAUUCAUGACUGCAUAGCCCAAACAUAAUCUAGAAAGGUAUUUGUACCUAUAGUUCGAAUAUAAUGUUUCUUAUAGAAAACUAGAUUAGAUACAAAGGAAAUCAAGAAUAAACUCCAGAUAACGUGCAAAAAAAACUCCUACGGUACUAAUAAUGCGUAAAAAUGAUUAAAGAACAAUAUAACAAUGUUACUUGCGGCCCAAUGGGUCAAUCAGUUUUAUUUUAUAUAAAUGAUUUAUAUUUGUUUAGAAUAAUGCACCAAAU